GAAGCCAUCCCAACGUGAUUGUUCCCGCACCUGACUUUGCCUCAGCUGUUUCGUUUUUCUUCAAAGCCGGGUUUUUGUGUGUUUCCGUUCUUAUCGCUUUUCCAAUUCGAUUGCUGCAGGAUAUCACAAACCAAAAGCGAUGACUACUCAUCUUCGUUAGGUCACAGUGCUCGUAAAAUAGUGAUCAUUUUUCCUUUUUCCUUCUCUCUUAUCGUAAUUAGUGCGUUCCUUACCCCGUAUCAUCGGCAUCUUAGCUCCCGGCCGCCCGUAACGCAAGGAAGAGUCCGGUGCAACACGAUGAUCACUGAUAAGGAUUCGUCACAGCACGAAGAGCGAGUCGUCGAAAAGUUGAACGUGUUGCGCGUAGACGGCAUCAGUCUUAAGUCGUCUCUAGCAGGCGGUGGAUGUUUAACCGAUUCCGUUUUCUUCGACCGUUUCUUGAUUAGUAACCAUCCUUCCUGUGGCUCCGCGGGGAAAGAACAGGAUAACAGUGAUAUACUUGUGAUUUGUGAAUAUCGACAGAGAAAGGAAAAAAAAUUAGAAUGGAUGAAUUUGCCCUAUGUUGGAACAACUUCGCGGAUAACAUCGCCAAUGGGUUCCAGAAUCUGUACGAGCGGGGUGAUCUGGUGGAUGUGACGAUCGCCUGCGACGGGAAGCUUCUGAAGGCGCACAAGAUCGUGCUGGCGAUCUGUAGCCCGUACUUCCAGGAGAUGUUUAUUAGCAAUCCUUGCAAGCAUCCAAUCGUUGUCCUGAAAGAUGUUUCGUUGAACGUGAUGCAAGAAUUGCUCCAAUUCAUGUACCAAGGCGAAGUCAACGUGAAACACUCCGAGCUGCAGAGCUUUAUGAAAAUUGCUGAAACACUCCAAAUCAAGGGCCUAACAUCAUCUCACAAAACCGGUCGCAGUACAUCGCCUCCGGCGCAACCAGCGCCCGCUCACUCCAGCAGCAAUAACAACCAAACCAAUCGAAAUCCGUUACAAGAACUGGCCGGACCCUCCACCAGCCAUCAGCUCGAUCCCUCCAAACUAAACUCGUACUUAGCUGCCGCCGCAAAAGAAACCCUCAAACGAACAGCGGGAGCCGUAUUUCAGGCCGCCGAUCAGUAUCCCAUACACUAUCCGAAGAAAGUCGUUAAACGCUCUACGGAUAGCAUCAUCGAUCAGGACAGCAACUCGGCCGACUGCAUGGACAACCUCAGCUCGGACGAAGUGUUCGUACCGGCUUCGCCACAGAUCUCGAUGGUCGAACAGCAGUCCUCGUCGGCCCGUCAGUUCGAUCUGGCCAGCGUUAAGCGGGAAAACAUCAACGAUUCGUCCUCGUCGCCACAGCAGCAAAGUCCCACCAACUUGGCCACUUCAGGGGCGAGCACCGCCAGCUGCUCGUCGGCGGCUGCCGUUGCAGCUGGUAUGCGGAUGGGUUUCUCAAGCACCCCAACCCACCACCAUCCGGCGCUGCAUCCGAUGUUUGCCGCGCUCGAUAAUAACAGUAACAGUUUCAGCGGAAUUACAAGCAGUUUCGCCGCGUCGAUGGGUGCCUCCGCGGCCAGCAAUGGAGGACCUGGAGGCAAUGGAAACUCGGUCAAAGCGUCCGAUGUCUACCCGAAUGAUUACACACAAAAUCUUGGCCCCGGACAUAUGGACAUUCCAGCGGUGGCCCCGGGCGAAAAAUGGUUCCAGGGUCGGCUCCAGUUUAUGCUCAGCCAGCGGGGCAAGCCGUUGCUGGUGCACGACGGCCACUCGUUCGGCAUCCAGUACAUCCGCAAAGACAAAAAGUACUGGCAGUGCAACCUGUCGCGCAAAUACAACUGCAAGGCACGGGUCACGACGACGGACACGGGUGAUAUCAUCGUGACGAACAACGAACACUGCCACACCGAGAUUCGCCAGCAUCUGCGCAAGGACUACAAAUCGAUGAAGCAACUGAACGCCAGCCUGGCGGCGUUGCGCGCCCAGCAGCAGGAAGCGGUCAGCUUGGGACUCACCACCAGCGAGAGUGUGCUCAGAGGUGGUGGUAACAACAAUUCGCUUUGCAUCAACAACAACAACAACGGCAGCGUUAUUAGUCCAAUACUCGUCCCGUCGCAGUUGCAGCCCCAGGAACAGGAAACUAGUCUGAAUCUGUCCACGUCGAGCUGGCAGCUGAAGAAGGAACCAAUCAAUAGUAACGAGUGAAACUGUCGCCAGGGAAUUUAUGUUUUAGUUUUUUAGGGGAGCUCCACUUUUAGAAGGUAGUGUUAAGUACCUGAGCUUGUGCCAAAAUUUCCACUUACCAAAGCUUAGGUGUAUUUUUAGAGAAGUUAAUGAAUGGGUGCGUUUUUUGAACGCACCCAUUUUGUUUAGAGAUUUCUAUGUUUAUAUACAGUCGUUGUUUAUCAAGAGUUUAUCAUUCCUUUACAUGAACGGAAGGAUUUUUUCUGAAGCAGUAGCAAUAUUAGAAAAUUAUGUUAGAAGAAGGAACUUGGCAUUUGUUUUAUAUACAUAGAAUAUUUGAAAGACAGUACCGGUACCGUAUGGCAGCUUAAGAUUAUUUUGUUUCGUAUUUUUGAUGUUUUUAUUUUAUUUAAUCAAUUAGAAUUUCCAGUAUGUCUUGGAAACGGUUUAUCGUACAAUGUU